GGCACCUCUUCAGCAAGUGUUUGAGCCAGUAUGAAAAGUUGAGGAAGAAGCAGGCCUUUCUUAACAAUUAUCGAAAGUUCCCAAUGUUUGCAGACAACCAUCUCUCCGAAUUUGAUGAGUCUCGAGAAAUAAUAGAGAGCUUGGUUGAUGAAUACAGAGCAUGUGAGUCACCAGAUUACAUCAAAUGGGAGAUAGAGGACCUGGAUCGAGUACUCACUAGAGAAGUCAGUGUCUCAGGAACAGAGGACUCAAAUAUAGCACUGUAAAGAUGGCCAAGGUGCUUUGGUAACAGCUGAUACUUCUGUGUUACCUGAGAGGCCAUCUGAGCCAAUAUGUUCGGUGGACAAUAUUCGGGUAGCGGAGAGCAGAAUGAAUCAGCUAUGAAGGAUGAUGAGGCAAAUGGAAAGCCAAUGAAGACAUUUGUUCCAUUCACCCCAGCAUUGUUGCAUAAUCCCAAGGGAUUGCCAAUAAGACCGUUGCCGUUAAAGAGAAGGGAGCUAAAGGUUUCUUCAGGGGCUGUAUUAGCCAAGCUAGGAGUGGACCAGAAAACUAGGAAAUUUGAUGAGGAUCAGAUACUGGGUUUCUUUUUUGGUGGAGUUGUACUAAACCAGUUUGGCCUGACUACAAACAUCACAGAUGUUAAAAUUCUCUCAGAAUGGGGAAUCCUUUUCUUGUAUUUAAAGGAAAAUCCUGAUUAUAAAAACCCAGUUUUCAGUACGAAGCUGGGGAUCUACUCAGAGAAUUGUGGUCUCGAUGAAGUCACCAUGUCAUGGGGCCAUGAUGAGUACAUGCACCUGGUGGCAAAGGGACACCAGAUGACUCUCCCGCCAGCCGCGCUCUUCAUCAUCAGAUUCCAUUCCUUUUAUGUUAUGCAUCGCUAUGGAGCUUACACGUAUCUCAUGGAUGACGAGGACAAGGAAAUGUUGAAGUGGCUUCACGUGUUCAAGUGGAAGCUUUAGCAGUUCAAUUGACUCAGUAGGAAGGAGAGCUUCAAGAAAAAAGCAGAAGUGAAAAAGAUAGCAAAUUUUCCUAAGCAGGGAAGAGAGAAAAGAGCAUGAUAUCUGAGCUUGAGAAAGCAUGUGCAGAUAAGAUAGCUGCUGCAGAGUCGUCGCUGAAAAAGAAGAAGCGGUGUACUAGACCGUAUAUGAAAUGAUGCGUGGAAAAGGAGGUUGGAGAUAGUUGGCUAUAUUAGCCAAGCUAGGAGUGCACCACAUGGAGGAUUUUUGUUUUAUUUUUAUGUAUUCAGGCUAUUUUCAACUUAUUAUUGUGAAUAUUAUAUAUAUUUUUAUUGUAAAGUCAUACAAUUUUUGUUUAAUAUUCAUUUUUAAUUGUACUAC